AUGACUGCUCCAACAUCAACAACAACAACCACCACAACAAAGACUACUACAACAACAACAACAACUACUACUACUACAACAUCAUCAACAACAACCACUACUACUACAACAACAACUACUACAACAACAACAACAACAAAGACUACUACAACAACAACAACAACAGUGUCUUCAUCGAGUUCAUCAUUUGUGACAACCUAUAGUACGGUUUCAACAGGUGUUCGAAUGAGUCUUGAUACUGGUCUUAUUCUUUUAUUUAUUAGCGCCUUUAUAUUCUUAUAUUGA